GACGCGCUCCAGUGACUGCAGUGACUCUUCACUGCUCUCACAAUGUUACAUUAGUUAAUUACACACGUUUCAUCGUUGUAAAAUAUAAAUAAUUAAUCAGCAUGUAUGAUCGAGCUCCCAGGUUCACACAUUUGACAUUAAGCGGCACGACGUCUGAAAUUGGACCAGGAUCGUAUAAUAUCAGCAGGUCUCUGAGCGGUAAAAGGGAUUCGUAUGCCCCCUUCCUCUCGCUGUCCAGUAGAGAGUCAGGGUUCCUGGGGUCAGGCAGUGGUCCCCUCUCUCCUGGACCAGGACAGUACAACAGUGACAUCACCAGGAAUCACAUUUUGGGAGGAAAGAGUCUUCAGAAUCGCUGCAAGCGCUUUGAUGACGUGGUGUCAGAUGUGCCGGGACCGGGAGCGUACAAUGUUACAAAUGAUGUUUCACCUGCAGGGAAAAGACAAACCAAUCCAGAGAAGAGCCCAAAGGCCGUCUCUAAAGCGGCGAGGUUGCUGCUGAAUCCUGAUGCCCCGUCCAUCCCGUCUCUUGGACAGGCGUUCGGAUAUGAAGAGGAUGCUCAAGGUGUCCUGCACCGGCACAAACCCCCCACCAGAGACCAGACCCUCGGCCCGGCCUUCUACAGUCCCAUACCGGAGGAUCUGUCGUCCUCUCAGAAGUAUAAAGGUGUGCAUUUUGGGAAGAUGACGGGUCGGAGAGAGCAGACAACGGGUGGAGACGGACCUGGACCAGGACAUUAUGAUCUACAAGAGGAUCACACUGUCCUCUGUGAGAAUGUGAAUCUCAGGCGAGAGCAGAGAGGCCGUUCAGAGCUGGUCAUCCCUCGGUACCACGAGCUGGUGGCUCUACAGGAGGAGAAGAAGGGUGUCCCAGGACCAGGGCGAUACUACAUAAAGAGUCAGUUUGAGACGGCCAGUAACCCACACGCUCCUGUGUUGAGUCCACCCUUCCUGUCUCAAGCUCAGCGGUUCAGUCCGGUGAAGGAUGAGACGCCCCCUGUAGGUGCGUACAAUGACCCGCGCUGUGCUCUGGAGAUCCUGAAGAAAGGCAGAGGGGUGAAGAACAAUCCUUUCGGCCUGACAGCUGUACGCUUCCUGCCAGAAAACAGAUCGAAAGCUACGCCAGGUCCCGGUGCCUAUAAUGUGUUUGAGUAUGGCCUGGCUUAUGAGAGUUUAAAGAAAGCCUGUCUGGAGAGCACGAGGAAGGGCGCCUUCGGCUCUAUUGCACCGCGCCGGCUUUUCCUCCCCAGCAAAGAGGAAAUGAGCCACCCGGGGCCGACUCAGUACAAGGUGGAGAAAACAACUGAAGCGUUAUGUAAGAAACAGAGCACAGCCGCUUUUAAAUCUGCUACUGACAGACUUGUGGGUUCACUGUUCGCCAAAGAUACACCUCCGCCAAGCUCAUAUAACGUGAGCGAAUCGUUUGAGAGGAUACAUGGCCUCCAUCACUACAGCGAGCCGCGGAACGAGAAAGCACGCAAACGACAGAGCUGCUUCCUGUCUGCCGCCCCCAGAGACGCCGCCUUCCUCCACUACGACCCUGAAACCCCAGGUCCGGCUCAUUAUAGUCCAGAUGUUAAAUCAGGCUCAAAACUUGCACUGAUUUUGAGUCCGGGCAUCAUGGACACGGUUCUGAAAGGCACCUUCAACGUGACACUUCAUGAUCCUUUGGUGUCCAGCAUGAGAUCUUUAUCUUCACGCAGGUCUUUGAGAAAACCCUCUGCUCACAGCAGUGCCUAACUCAGGUCAAAGGUCACACACUUCCAAAAAGACCUCGGCUAAGCCUCUCCUAUUAAACACAUGCUUCCCAGGAGUUCCUGUCACACACACACACACACA